AUGGCUCGUCAAUGCAUCAAAAACUAUUUACAAGAAAACCCAAACAAAGUUUUAGUCAUGGAUGGUGGCCAAGGAACUGAGUUGGAAAAUAGAGGAAUUAAAGUUGCCAAUCCAGUCUGGUCUACUAUCCCAUUCAUUAGUGAAUCUUUCUGGUCUGACCAGUCUUCAGAGGACAGAAAGAUAGUUAAGGAAAUGUUUAAUGACUUUAUCAAUGCAGGUGCUGAAAUUUUAAUGACAACAACGUAUCAAACUAGUUUUAAAUCAGUAUCUGAAAACACUCCAAUAAAAAAUACAAAGCAUUAUAAUGAACUAUUGAAUAGAAUCAUCGACUUUUCUCGUGAUUGCAUUGGGGAAGAAAGAUAUUUGAUUGGCUGUAUUGGUUCAUGGGGUGCACAUAUCUGUGCGGAAUUUCAUGGUGAUUACGGUGAACAUCCAGAGAACAUUGAUUUUUAUGAGUACUUCAAGCCUCAAUUGGAUAAUUUCUUCAACAAUAAUAAGCUAGAUUUAAUUGGAUUUGAAACUGUUCCAAACAUUCAUGAGUUAAAGGCUAUUCUUUCGUGGGAUGAAAAAAUCCUUUCUAAGCCAUUUUACAUUGGUCUUUCCGUCCACGAAAAUGGUUUAUUAAGAGAUGGCACUUCAAUGCAAGAAGUUGCUAAUCUUAUCAAGGGUUUCGGUGAGAAAUUGAACCCAAAUUUAACAUUAUUAGGAAUCAACUGCGUUAGUUACAACCACUCUAAUGAUAUUAUCAAAUCUAUACACAAGGAAUUACCGAAUUUACCAUUAAUUGCAUAUCCAAACAGCGGUGAAAUAUACGACACCACCAAGAAAAUCUGGCUACCAAAUAAAAAUCCAAUAUUUACCUGGGACGAUAUAGUCAAGGGUUACAUUGAAGCUGGCGUCCGUAUCAUCGGUGGAUGUUGUAGAACCACUCCAAAUGAUAUCAAAGCAGUCACGAUCGCUGUAAAAGAACGGGCAAAAAAAUACAUAGAUAUGUGA